AACAAGGUGGUUGUGUCAACAGUCAACCAUGAUGUCCUUUUCAUCCAUUUCAUUAGGCAGUACGUGGGAAGCAUUAAAGGGAUAUAUACCAUAACUCCUAGUGUAUAUCCCCCAUUGCAUGCAGCUUGUUUGAAAGGUGUCCUUAAUCCAUGUAGAGAGGUUUUAAUGCCUGGCUAUUGCUUCUGGUCUUCUUCCUAAUCUUUGUAUCUUGAAAGAGAAGAAUGGCCGUCCAAUACGACGUACGGUUCAUCAAGAGCUUUGGCCGCUACGAUCAGACGAAGAUUGGAUAUGGAGCGAUCGUUGGGUGUUUGCUCAUCUCCUUGAGUUUUCUCGCCGUGUUUAGGCCUUAUUUGAGUCCUCGGCCGAUUAUGAAUCUGCGGUUGUCGAUGGGUGGGGACUUAUCCAUGUUGAUGAUUGAAAACAAAAGCGGCUCUCCCCAAUUAGCUGGAUCGGCCGGAGCGAUGCGUGAGAGCAAGCUGAUAUGCAACAUUACCGACCCAAGAUCAGAUCUUUGUGAAAUGGAUGGAGAGAUUAGGAUUCGUGGCAAUUCCUCUAACAUCUUCAUUGUUCCAUCUCAAAUUGGUAUUUUGGCGGGAAACGAGUCUUGGAAGAUCAAACCUUAUGCUCGAAAGGGUGAUGAAAUUGCAAUGCGGAAUGUUCGGGAAUUUUCGUUGAGAUCGAUGGUUGGCAAUGAAGAGAGUCCCAAUUGCACUCUAAAUCAUGGCAUCCCCGCUGUUGUUUUCUCCAUUGGAGGGUAUACAGGCAAUCUCUUCCAUGAUUUCACCGACGUGCUGGUCCCACUUUUCGUAACGUCCCACCAAUUCCACGGCGAAGUACAAUUCCUCGUAACUGAUUCAAAAUCUUGGUGGAUCAAAAGAUACAAACCCAUACUAAAACAAUUAUCGAGAUAUGAGAUCAUCGACUUCGAUAGGGACCGCACGAUCCAUUGCUUCGAACACACAAUAGUGGGCCUCAGAAGUCACAAAGAGCUAAGCAUCGAUCCAUCCCGAUCGCCAAAUGGGUAUUCCAUGUGCGAUUUCCGCGGAUUCCUACGGACCACAUACUCAUUAAAAAGAACAGAUGCAAUCAAGUUCGACCAUCAUCAAGAAAAGAAACCGCGCCUAUUAAUUAUAUCUCGCAAGCGAUCCCGAUCAUUUACCAAUGAACAUGAAAUAGUUGAAAUGGCCCAAAGCUUGGGGUAUGAAGUGGUGGCCACGGAGGCGAAUCUGGGGAUGAACAUGUCCGAAUUUGCGCAGGUUGUGAACUCAUGCGACGUGAUGAUGGGCGUCCACGGGGCGGGCCUCACUAAUCUUGUUUUCCUCCCAACUAAUGCAGUGUUAAUCCAAGUGGUUCCUUUGGGUGGAUUGGAAGGGUUUGCAAGACUUGAUUUUGGUGUACCAGCAAUGGACAUGAAGCUAAGGUACAUGGAAUAUAAGAUAGGAGAGGAGGAGAGUACACUGAUAGAACAGUUCCCACGGGACCAUGCAAUAUUCAGGGAUCCCAUGUCAGUAAAGAGGAAAGGGUGGCCAGCACUUAGGUCUGUGUACUUAGAUAAGCAAAACGUGAAGCUUGAUGUAGGUAGGUUUAAAAGCACUUUGUUAGAAGCUCUUAAGCUUCUCCAUCGCUAGAUUGAUAUCUCUU